CACUUGUGUCAUUUUGUGGCGAGACUCUUGUGAAACACCUGCUCACAACAGCCCUUCUGUUCAUUUUUUUUCAAUAAAGAUGCAGAAGUGGGUUGUGAUCUGCUGGGCCGUCCUGGCUGUGGUUGGUGCUGAUGUGUGUCCAGAUGGAGGGCUAUGUAAAGAAGGGGAAACCUGCUGCAACAGCCCAGCAAACGGUUACGGGUGUUGCCGAUAUGAAAACGCUGAGUGCUGUGAUGAUCACAUCCACUGCUGUCCAGCGGGCACAGUCUGUAAUAAAGCCUUAUCUGGCUGUAUUAAUACCACCCUGACCAUCCCCUGGGUGAAAAGAACCCCUGCUGAUCAGCCCAAAGUCUCUAAAUCCUUCAGGAUGAUCAAGACAUACGAGAGUCAGGAAGACGACAACAUCUGCCCCGACCUGUCACGAUGCCCUGCUGAGUAUUGCUGUCUGAAGGGUUUGACGAAGUUUGGCUGCUGUCCUCUAACUCAGGGAAUCUCCUGCCCUGAUGGCAAACACUGCUGCCCUGAGGGCCACGACUGCAGCUCAGACAGCCGUGCCUGCAUCAAAAAAGAGCUCGUGGUUACAGUUCUAUGCAGCGAUGGCAUUUCAGAGUGCCCAGAUGGUACCACCUGCUGUGAAACAAAUGAAGGGAAAUGGGCAUGCUGUCCACUAUCAAAGGCCGUGUGCUGCGCUGACAAGAUACACUGCUGCUCUGAAGGGACCACAUGUGAUGUCGAGCAUUCCAAAUGCAUUGACUCUUCUACCAAGAAAGAGAUGCCAAUGUGGGCAAAGCUCCCUGCCAGAGUGAGAGCAGCUUGGGAAAACCAGAAAGAAGAAGUGCCAGUUGAAGCAGUGAAUAACACGGGAACAGAAAACGCCCCCAAAGUCACCAGAGCCAAUCUGCUUCCUCCAUCUGGUAAGACAGCUGUUUGCUGUGAAGACUUCAUACACUGUUGUCCUAAAGGGAAGAAAUGUAACUUGGAGGCUCAAACCUGUGAAGAUGGCCUGAUCUCUGUGCCCUGGGCCAAGAAGGUUCCUGCAAUCAUAAAGCAAAAGGCGGAGGAGAAGAAAGUUCCUUGUGAUCACACAGCAGCCUGUCCUGAUAACACCACCUGCUGUAAAACCAAAGAAGGUCGCUGGGCCUGCUGUCCAAUGCCAGAGGCGGUCUGCUGCGACGAUCACGAACACUGCUGCCCGAGCGGCACCACCUGUGACCCGACCUCUGUGUCUUGCAAUGGCCCAUCAGGCUCAACUCCCAUGCUACAGAAGGUACCUGCGUUCACUACUGAAGCACCUACUACUGUGCAGCCUACAACUGAGAGUCCAGCAACAAGCUCUAAAGCAGAGGAGGAGGACAAAGAAGAAGAAGGCAUGAUUAACUGUGAUGCCCACACCAGCUGCCCUCAGUCGACCACCUGCUGCUACAUGAAGAAUUUUGAAAAGUGGGGCUGCUGUCCGCUGCCUGAGGCGGUGUGCUGUGAGGAUGGGAGUCACUGCUGUCCUAACCAGUAUAAAUGUGACAAUAGCCACACGUCCUGCAUAAAAGGGGAAGUGGUGAUUCCAUGGUACACCAAGAUUCCAGCCAUUACCAGCGACGAGGCCGAGCCCUACUCUGUCCAGUGCGAAGGUGCAAGCCAGUGUCCUGAACAAACCAGCUGCUGCAAGCUGUUCACAGGCGAGUGGGGCUGCUGUCCACUCAAAAAUGCUGUUUGCUGUCCGGAUAAGGAGCACUGUUGCCCGCAGGGUUACACCUGUGACAUCUUAUCCAGAUCCUGCCAGAAGCUCAUCAUGAUGCAGCUGGAGAGAGUCCCACUGACACCGGUGUAUCUACUUGAGCCUCAACCCCAGCUCAGCCCAACAAAGCACAAAGACAUCGAGUGCGAUGAACAGACCAAUUGCGGGCAUGAUGAAACUUGCUGCAGGACUUCUGCCACUUCCUGGGGCUGCUGUCCAUCUUCUAACGCGGUGUGCUGCAGCAACAUGAAGCACUGCUGCCCGACCGGGUACACCUGUACGGAAGAAGGCUCCUGCAUCCAGAACUCCAAGCUUUACUGGCCCAACUGGCACGUGUUCCUCGCCAACAAAAAAAGAGCCCUAAUUGUGUGAAAACACCACCUCUAAACUGUUAUUUGUUUUAGUUUUUGCAUAUAACGCACUAAUGGAGAAAGAAUUCAACAUUAAUUUCAAAAUGCUUUGUUUUUAAAUGACACUUUGAAAAACGAUUUGAACCUCAGUUGCUAAGAUGUUUGCAAUCUUGAAGUUGAACAUUUUGGUCUGAAUGCACCUAAUUAUAUAGAUGACCAUGUGACUAAUGUAUUUAAGGAGUUAUCUUUGUUAUUCCAAGCACACUCAGUUUGUCACUUGAAACUCUACUCCAUCCACAAUAGAAGACAAUCGAAACACUCCACUUGUCAGUCAUCUGUUUCUUUAAGACUUGCUGCAGCUGCCUUCUGUUGAAAAGUUUAUUUCUUUAUCAAUAAUAGUCAAUCAGUCAAAACCUGAUUCAAUAUCUUUCAUCAUUCUGAACAUUCAGUCUGAUCAUUUAAUGAUUUUGUGGUGUAAUUACUCAUUAAAUCUUGGGUUCAUAAUUUUGUGCAUUGGAUUAGUAAUCUGUGUUAAUGAGGCAAAGGUGAAGAAAUUCAUGCUUGGGUCAUCUUACCCUGUCAAAGUGUCACAUUAUCCAUUAAAUCAAUAAAAAAGAAGUGACAUUAUUAAA